CGGAAGUAGCUUUUGUCAGGGAUUGAACGAUUCUGUCCCAGACGUACGAAUCACGGUCUAAAGUUGCAGAUUGGAGCUGUGUUUACUUUGUCUGUUGGCGUUUUGUAAGAGUAGCAAAAUGUGUAAUGGUUGUGUGCAGAAGGAGUACCCUGACAGGGGGAACACGUGUUUGGAGAAUGGCUCCUACCUGAUGAACUACAUUGGCUGUGCAAACUGUCACCAGAGGGACUUCGUGUUGAUCAGUAACAAGGCAACAGAAGAUGACGAUGGGGAAGAGCUCGUCACUUAUGACCAUGUGUGUAAAAACUGUGACCACAUUGUAGCCAGGCAUGAAUACACCUUCUCUGUGGUGGACGAUUAUCAGGAGUACACGAUGCUCUGCAUGCUGUGUGGGAAGGCAGAGGAUUCCAUCAGCGUGCUGCCAGAUGACCCCAGGCAAACCGCCCCUCUCUUCUAGAACACCAGACCGAGUGUUGGCUAAACUUUCUGUUCAUUUCCUGGGUUUUCCUUAACAAUCCCUGUUGGGGUAGGGAAUAUAAAGGAAAUCUGGAGACCCCCAACACUUUUAAUUUUUUUAGGGGGUGGGGGGCAGGGAAUUUAUUUAAAGUAUUUUGCAAUGACACACUGACUGAAUUCACCACAAAUAAAGAACUGCACUCUGGCUGUGUUCGAGGGGAUCAAAACCGCACUGAAUCAUUGUGACUGACCGAUCUAAAGAUUAGAACUGGCCAGUCAGAAGUGACCUGCAGUUGUGAUGACCUCGAACGCUACCAGAUGUAUGGGUCAUGUUCCCCUGCUCAGAUGCUGCGCACAUCAGCCGUACAGUCCUGCGCCACGGCAUCAACUAUGUAAUUCCACUUAAAGAUAAUAUGACACAAUGUGGUUAGCUGAUGCUUGAAAUGAGUUUGAGAUCUGUAAGGUGUCAGCCGGUUCUAAGCUCUGGAACAUGACUAUUUACACAGGGGACUGUAGCGCCUGUUUUACUCAACUCCAAGGCCAGGCUCACUGCCACCAGAGAUUCAUCUGGGCCUAUCAGAAGACGAGGAAGAGCCAUUACCAAUGAACUGCGGGUCUAGAAUACGUAGAGUAAAAGUUUUGGGGGAGGUUUUGGGGUUGUUUCUGAACUCUGCCACGGUCUCGAUAAACAUCUGGAAAGUCAUCAGGACUUUUCAGAUGAACAUGGAAGAUGCUUUUGGGGCUGUUCAGUUCCUCUUGUGGAGGUUCUUUUGUUUGUACCUGGUAGUUAUUUGCUCUCUACGGGUGUUUAAUAUCUUAAUAGGUUCCUGAGUAGGAGAGGUUGAAAACGAAAUGUAUUUUGGCAGUCCAGGACUGACCAGCCCUGAAUUUCAUGUUUACAGAUAUGUCUGUUAUAAGUAUUCUUUUAUAUAUAAAUAAAUAGUAAAAGUUGUAGAAUUAAAAGUGUAUAUUUCA